AUGGCUGCCAGUUCAAUCACCUGGAGACAUUGGUACGAAUCUAUGCAUCGUCAGGAAUAUUGCACAUCAGCGAAGAGGAUGACACAGAUAACCAAUCUGUUCUUAAAUCAUGUCGCAUCGACCGAACUCUGGCAUGAAUCCAGAGGUGGCCGUACUCGUAGACCUCCGAUGCGGCAGAACCAAGAAGCGGGCACUGAUUAUGCUAGAGCUGGAUGGGGAAGGGGGACAGGUAAUUACUUACUUACUGCUGAGACUUCAAGAAGCAAUUUCUCUUCAGCAAACAACUACCCAGAUCCUGGUAGGGAUUUCAACAUGAGCUUUGACACACAAUGCAGUAUUUCUGGAUCUGGUCAUGGCGGGAAUAAUGACCUAUGGAGGAGCAAAAGUAACCUGAGGGGAGAUGUUAUUUACAAAGAUGCUGGAGUUGGAUGGGGCAGGGGAAGAGGCAGAGGCAAUUAUAGUAGUACCAAUCUUCCGGCAGGCCAAUUGUAUGGUUACAACUCCUAUGACAUGGGCAGCACGAGCUCGGAUGGAUCAUGGCGCAAAGGUGCUGUAAUUGAUUCAGGUUCGUCAUCAGGCUCACGAGCCUAUUGUAAUUUGGGUAGAACAAAUACAGCUUGGACACAGAAUUGUCCGGUUUCAUGGAGCUUUGAUGGGCAACAACGGAGCAAUGGUAGAGACCAACAUGGUUUUAAAACCAACAGUUCAAGCUAUGAUUGGAGAAACAUACAACAGUAA